UUCCCAAAGACUCAACGAAAGGGAAAAGGGGAGGGAAAACAAACCCUAGAGAGAAAGAGCGCCAUUUUCUUCGUCUCCUCGUUCUUUUGAGCCUCCGUUGAUCCCAGAGAAGCGCUUGCAGAUCAUUCGGAACCAUGAGUAUUCCAGUUAACCCGAAACCGUUCUUGAACAAUUUGACUGGAAAGACUGUUGUUGUGAAACUGAAGUGGGGGAUGGAGUACAAAGGCUUUCUGGUCUCUGUAGACUCGUACAUGAACUUACAGCUUGCCAACACCGAGGAAUAUAUUGAUGGACAAUGUACUGGGAGUCUCGGAGAAAUAUUGAUCAGGUGUAAUAAUGUUCUUUACCUUCGCGGAGUACCAGAGGACGAAGAGCUUGAAGAUGCUGAGCGCGACUAACAUGUAAAUUUGUAGCAGCCAGCUCUGCCAUGCCAUAGUAGCAGCUAAGUUUUCAGCCUUCUAGUUUCCUAGUUUUCCUUUCAUCUGCUGCUUAAGUUGCAUCUUGUUGCUAUUGGUACUACCUUAUAGGACACGAUCAUUCUCUGCUUUUAGUCGAUUUCGAACCUGCACGAUCAUUCUAGGGAGAUUGAAUGGUAGAAAAGGAAUUCAUGAAUGUAACAUCUUUGUCUUUAUAGCAUUGAAAUGCUUCAUUUUUUCAACAUAAGAUAAGCUAGAGCGUUACAUAAAUCUUUCAUGUGGAAUGCAAUGCAAUGACAUAUAUUUGUAAUAUCAUUA